GUUCGGGCCUCGCCGGCUGCCGUAGGAAGUGCCGGCGGUGGUGGCGCCACGUCCCCUGCUGCGGCGGGAGAGGGAUCGGCUGGGCCUUGGGGCGGUUGGCUAUGGCCUUUACGCUGUACUCGCUGCUGCAGGCAGCCCUGCUCUGCGUCAAUGCCAUCGCCGUGCUGCACGAGGAGCGCUUCCUCAAGAACAUUGGCUGGGGAACAGACCAGGGAAUUGGUGGAUUCGGAGAAGAGCCAGGAAUUAAAUCUCAACUAAUGAACCUGAUUCGAUCUGUAAGAACCGUGAUGAGAGUGCCAUUGAUAAUAGUAAACUCAAUUGCAAUUGUAUUGCUUUUACUAUUUGGGUGAAGAUCCACAGAGGAAAUGGAGACUCAGAGGAAGAGCUGCCAGCAGAAGUUACUACUUCAGUCUUUAUUGGAAUAUACAUAUCUUAGCUGGCUCUCCUUGGACUUGACAAAGUGUAAACCUGAGAGUAAAACCAGAGUCCCUAUUUAUCUGAUUUUUUAAAAUAUUGCACUUAUGGUUUCAUUACAAAAAGGUCAGAUCAUCAGAGGCAGUAACUAUGCAGGAUUGGAAUACAUUUGAUUGCUAACUUUUAAUAAAAGUUCAUGCUAUGGUAAAGAUUGUUUAAUGGGUACAGGACUGUCACUUAUGUGUUAUUGGAGAUUUUUCUCUUUCACUUCUCAGGGAUGAAUUUUUUUUUUCAAAGUUUUGAAGUUCCUUGUGACUUAGUUAUGAUGUGAGAAUGAUUAUCCUUCUGGACAAAAUUUAAACAUUUUUUAAAAAGUUAUUACUACAUAUAAAGUGAUUUUAUUUUGAGCUCUUUGGUUAAAUAUUUUGUCUGUAUACUGUCUCAUAUAAAAAAACAAAUUUUUGCUAACUAUUGAGGAGUAAUACUCUCUGAUUUCAGGGAGAAUUCUAAUUUUGUAAGUCAGAUAGUCACACGGAUGAUUGUGUUUUUAAGUUUGUUCACGCAUUUGUUAUUUUAUUAAUUGGCCUGAAUGAUGAGACCAGAAUAGUAUCUACAUAUAUCCAUUGGUAAAGAUAUCUGUGUAGAAAAGUCUAUGCCCUUUUAAACAAUGAUGGGUUAUUUUUUACAAUCAGCAUAAAAGCCUGCAGGAGCAGUCCUAAAUAAUCACCCUUAAACUGUACUGUAUAAGAAGACUUUAUCGUGAAGCAUUUACCUCCCCAAAUUACAUUUCUGUUUCUUGAAGUAGCACAUUAAGGGACGUGAUUUGUAAUUCUUCAUUCUGUCAGUCAAUAGAGCAUUCAUGGCGGAUAAAUUGGUUACUAUUUUGUUUUUAUGUCUUUGACCAUCCCGUAUUUUCUUAUCCCAUAAUUCUGCUUUGUGCAGAAAGAUUAAAACUAUAUAAAUGGUUUUUUUCUGGAAAUUAUCAGUUAUAAUAUUUUAAAGGGGGGUGGAAUGGCAUCUUUGUUUAUAGGAGAACACUUGUAAAUAAAGUUAAAUUUCCAAGUCAA